AUGGGUUCACCAAUCUCCGGAUUCAUUGCCGAGGCCGUUCUGCAAAAACUCGAGAAACGACUGUUCGGGGAAUACAAACCCAAGUUUUGGGCGCGCUACGUUGAUGAUACCUUCGUAAUCAUCGAUGAGGAUAAAAUUAGCUACUAUGAAGAACUAUUGAACUCAAUCAUCCCCGACCUACAGUUCACGAUGGAAGAAGAAGUGGAGAGCAAACUUUCAUUUUUGGAUGUUCUCAUCUACCGCCAACCAGACGGUAAACUGGCGACGUCAGUCUACAGAAAACCGACGAACACGCUGCAAAUGCUCAGCUACAACAGCAACCACCCACUGCAACACAAACGAAGCUGUGUACGCACACUAUACCGACGGGUGGAAACCCAUUGCAGCACUCCAGUCGCCAAACUGGACGAGAUGAAGCUCCUGUGA